CGCAUUUGUUUAUUAUUUAUUCUACAUUUAAUAAAACCACUAGCCAUUGGAUAAGCUGAGCAGACGACCAAUCAAAACGCUCGAUAGGAAUACACUAAAAAAUGGCUGCGCCCUGUGAAAGAAAAUUGAUCAACAGAUAAAGUUAUAGAAAUCUUUAAGAUGGUACAAAUAUCUGAAUACAAUGGAUUCAUUAUUAGUGAUUAUUAUGGCCUUGGUUAUUGUACAGUCAUCCAAAGAAAACAACCAUUUAACUGGAGCCGAAAGAAGUCCUGGUAUACAGAGACAGACACUAAGCUAUGUAGUCAGUAAUGUAAUGAAUAGAAAUGUUACAUAUCAGCCAAUAAGAAUUAAAGUGGUAUACAGAGAUAUGUAUUUUGAAUUGAGUGUUGAGGAUAGAGAGAGAAUAAUUGGGGUAGUUAUCAAGGCAGUGGGGAAAAUAUCACAGUUACUAUCUGUUUUUCCAGUUCAGAAGCCUAUUCUGUUAAAAAGAAGUGGAUGUCAUAAAGAAUGGACCACAGGACCCAAUAAAGGAAGAUGCAAGUCCAUUAAAAGAAAUUAUCAAAGUGAACUUUGUAUGGAUACAUUCAGAAUUCCAGAUGACCAUUUAGAUGGUUUAUAUGUAUGGAAUGAGUUAAACCCAGAUCCAGUCAGAGUGGUAUAUACUCAAGGAGCUGGUGUCAACAAUACAGAUUUUAUAUUAUAUGUAGAUUCAGUAACAACAGAUGUUUGUGGAUUCAAUAGUGUGAACAAAGUAUUAUCCUAUGCCAAAGUGUGCCAUGUGGACCAGUAUGAUAGACCAAUAUCUGGGUGUAUCAAUGUAUGUCCUCAUUCAAUCGUUAAUAACAGUCCAGAAAAAAUGUAUAAGACAUUGUUACAUGAGCUAUUCCAUACACUGGGAUUUUCAAAAACUCAUUUUCCAUAUUUUAAGACAUGUCAGAUUAAAGAUAGAAGUCUUGAUUGUCAUCCCCUAGGUUUAACCAUUGUAGAAGAAGUAAAUGGAUUAGUAAGGAUUGUUACACCAUCAGUUUUAAGAGAAACACAAAAUCAUUUUGGGUGUACAAUUGAAACUAAAUAUGGUGCUCCCUUGGAAGGAAAGUUUAACAACUUUACAUCACAUUGGGAUGACGUGUUGAUGUAUGGAUCUAUUAUGUCACCUAAUAUGGGAAUGCCACAUGUCACCUUUAUAGACAGAAUAACUUUAGCUUUAUUUGAGGACAGUGGAUGGUAUAAAGUAGACUACAGUUCUGCUGAUGAUUAUCUCUGGGGCAAAAAUAUGGGUUGUGUUGAUAGAUCUGAAUUUUGUCUUAAAUAUGAAGAUUACAUCUGCAGAAAUAACUCUGUUGUUGGAUGUCACUACUUACAUAAAGACAAAGGCUAUUGUAAACAAGAGUCUAAUUUAUCAUGUAGAAUUUACCAACCACAACCAAAGGGACAGUGUUCGAUUCCUAGAGUACCUGACUUUGAAGAAGAGAUAUUUGGAAUUUCUAGUUGGUGCUUUGUAUCAAAUUUGACUUCAAAUUAUGUGGAAAAGACUUCUAUAUUAACUGGUAGAUGUUAUAUACAAAAAUGUUCCAUGAAUAGAGAUUUAUUGGUCAAAGUUCAUGGAUCAGAUUGGAUUGAUUGUCCAUAUGGAAAAUUAAUCAGAAUACGAGGGUACAGAGGAUAUAUCAAAUGUCCAAGUAGUAAAGAUAUCAUGUGUCCAGAACUCACAGAUAAUACCACUAUGUCUGUUACAGAAUUUUCAAAUGUUAUAUACUAUACUUCAACUAGUGCCAAUAUGUCAAGUACAGACCAUAAUUCCAUUCCCAGUGUAUCAUCAGGAACAAACAAUAAUUUUUCAAUUAAUAUUUCUCCAAGUCUGUUUAUUUUUGUAUAUUUUAUAAACCAAUACAUAGUAACUUAAUAUAGGAUAAGUUUUAUUA